GCAAACUUCAAUGUCUUGACUUUAGUAAUUGUAUAAUUCGUCUAUUUGUCAAAUUUCAAGCUGUAAUAAGUCUUCCAUUCACAUCCGUUGGUUGCUGAGAUUGUAGAUACUAACCAGGCUUACAAGAAAGGUGAAGCCAAUAAUUUUGCAUCCCAGCGAUGUACACAGACUUCCUUUAUAUCCUCUCACUAUUUAUCAUCACGACCCUCGUAUUGCUCUACAUCCCGGGUUCCUUGUGUCAAAAUGGUGGGGAAUAUGCAUCCUGUGGUGCUUCAUUUCAGUGUGCCGGAAUCCGGGAAAUAAGUUAUCCAUUCUUUGGUGGUAAUAGGCCGGAGUAUUGUGGAUAUCCAGGUUUCCAGCUCAGUAAUUGCCAAGGCGAUGUCCCAAUACUUACUAUUUCAUCAAGACAAUAUCGUGUCCUGGAAAUCAAUAAUUUCACAAAGACGGUUAGAGUUUCAAGAGAGGAUUUAUGGAACAUCAUUUGUCCCAGAUUUCUUUACAACACAACCUUGGAACAAAAUAUCUUUCUGUUUUCCCCCAAUUAUCCAAACGUUACUCUACACUACGGUUGCUCCACAUCUAGUGGUCAGCCUGCACCACGGUCCCCACAUAUGUUCAACUGCACCGUGAAUGGAACCAACAGCGAAAAUUUGUUCACAAUAGGAGAAGAUUCACCAUCUAUCCCUGGAUUUGAAACUGGUAUCCGAUGUGAAACUAAUAUCUCUGUUCCAGUCAAUCAAACUGCGGCAAGGCUCUUGGCAGCUUCUUCAGCUUCAAUCGUUCUUCUCCAGGACGCUCUUGCUAGUGGCUUCUCAUUGCAGUGGUCCGCGAAUAAUAUCGUUUGUGAAAAUUGCAUUCGGUCAGGUGGUGUAUGCGGAACUAAUCGGGAUUCUCUAUCAUUUGCUUGUUAUUGUACUAAUGGAACUUUUGCGUCAAUUUGCAACAGUACUUCAACUGGAAACAAUACUCAAACCGGAACCGGAAAUGGAUCAAAGAAAGGGCUUGAUGAUAAGUGGAAGUAUGUAAUAGGGGUGUCACUCGGCAUACCUAGUAUCAUUGCAUCGUCCAUCAUCAUAUUCUGCUACCUUAAACGACAAUGUUCAUCAUGGGAGUCAAUACACGAAAACAAUCGAAAAGUGGAAACAUUUUUACUAAAGCACGGAUCGCUUGCUCCGAAAAUAUAUAACUACUCGGAAAUUAAAAAUAUAACCAAAUCCUUCUCUAAUAAGCUUGGUCAAGGAGGAUAUGGUAGUGUGUACAAAGGAAUGCUACCUAAUGGUCGAUUCGUUGCUGUCAAGGUUUUAAAUGAGGUAAAAGGAAGUGGAGAAGACUUCAUGAAUGAAGUUGGUAGCAUCAGUAGAACUUCUCAUGUCAAUAUUGUCAAUCUCUUAGGAUUUUGUUAUGAGAGAAAUAGAAGAGCAUUAGUUUAUGAAUUUAUGCCCAAUAAAUCAUUAGACAAACUAAUGUACAAGAGUGGAUCACCCAAUUCAGAAGGCCAUUUAGAGUGGAAAACACUGUACCAGAUUGCUCUUGGGGUCGCACAAGGUUUAGAGUAUCUUCAUGGAGGUUGCAAUACAAGAAUUAUACAUUUUGACAUUAAACCCCAGAACAUUCUUUUAGAUGAAGACUUCUGUCCAAAAAUUUCAGAUUUUGGCCUUGCUAAAUUAUGCGGAAAGAAGCAGAGUAUUUUGUCAACAGUUGGUACAAGGGGCACUAUUGGUUACAUUGCCCCAGAAGUUUUCUGUAGAAAUUUUGGAGGAAUGUCUUAUAAAUCCGACAUUUACAGCUAUGGGAUGAUGGUUCUUGAAAUGGCUGGAGCAAAGAAAAUCGUUGAAGUCGGAUCGACCAAGUCGAGUGAAAAUUAUUUUACCGACCAAGUUUAUGAACUCAUAGUAGUUCGUGAAACAAUGAAAUUUGAUGAAUUCAUGAGCAGCGAAGACAAAGAAACAGCAAGAAAGAUGUUUUUGGUAGGUUUUUGGUGCAUCCAAACUACUCCAUCAGACCGUCCAUCAAUGACAAAGGUAAUUGAAAUGCUGAAGGGAAGUUUUGAAUCAAUAGAAAUUCCACCAAAGCCAUUCUUGUUUUCACCUAGGAUGCCGGUUCAAGAUUUUUCCUCAUCAUUGUCAACAUAUCUAGAUAGGGAAAGUUAGCUCAGGCUACAAAUGGUUUCUAGCAUCGAUGUUUAAGAAAUCAUUUCUCAUAAUUGUUAUGCUUCUUGUUUACGUUAAUUUGACUUAACAUAUGCAUAUUCUUCACUGUAACUUAGAAAUUUUAUAUAAAUCCAUUAAACAAGUUCAUUAGAA